AUGGAUCUAAACAAGGUCGCGACGAUCCUCCAAACUUUGCAAGCUUGCAAUGUGCGGUUUAAUGGCGACAUGAAUCAUGUUGAGGUUACGUCGUUCAAACUGUACGAUGGACAGAUAUUAAAGUAUUCCACGACAGACAAUGCGACCGGUUUCCGAGAGUAAGUCAACGUUUGUCUUUCGAGGUUUAGAUGCUUUUGGGAUUAGACUUUUUUGGGAUUUUUUGAGUGACAAAGGAAGUACCCAAGCGCGACACUCGGGCUUUUUUAUACAAGAAAGGUACUUCUAUGGGUAUGGGGUUACAGGUCGAGACAUAUAUCACAAAAUUCGCAAAAAUUUUCUGAUUCAGAGUAUAUAAAAAUUAGCUUUGGUUUCUAAGGAAACAGGCCCUUUCGGGGUGGCACGUCAAUCCAAAAUAGAAGAAAAAAUUUCCCGCCCCUUUCUGGUGAUUCGUUCAAAACGAAAUGUCACUAUCCGAUAAAACGCAUUUUCUUAUCUUUCUUCUUCCUUUUCGAGAAAAAACAAUUAUUUCGGGCGAGAAAAAGUGCCGAUAAUAUCGCGACAUUUCGUCUCUCUUUUAAACCAAUGAAAACGAUACGAAGUUUCGAAACGGUUCAGGAAAUGCGCUGGAUUGACGUGGGUGGGCGAUUUCGGGGUCAGGCAAAUACUGGGGUUCCCGGCUCCCUCAAUUUGCGACCCCGGAAGGGCCCACCCCGAAAGGGCAGUAACCCAAUAAAUAUAAUACAGGGUGGGCCAAAAAAAAUGGACAAGAUUAAAAGUUGGUGUAUCCCGGCACGAAUACCGUUAUCAAUAGAAAGAAAAAUAGUUUUAUAAUUGUCAACUAUCCUGCUUUAUCACAACUAUUUAAAUUUUUAUAUACUUUUUAUGAAUCGCUGAUACGAGCCAAAAUUUUAGGCCAGCCCAUAUUCUGACCACGUUUUCCAAAAAUUUUGUGGGUCCAAAGAUCUUUACCGACCUAAAUUUCUACAAUUAGCCGAAACCUGGGGGUUGACUGUUUAUGGACAUACCAAGGGGAACCCAGAGAAGCAAAAAAGUUGAUAAUGUUCGAUUAAUAGCACUCCCCCAGUUCGCAACGUGAUCCACAAGAGGUCCAUCUAGAUAAUUCUAAAUUUUUGAGAUUAUUGACAUUGAAGACUCGCAGGUGAGCCUGUUUCAUGCUAUUAAUAGCAAAAAGUGGUCUCUAUAAGACACCUGACAUUGCUUUACAUGAGCCAGCAGUUGAUUUGGUAAUAGCUUGCACUAGCCGUGCGCAACACUUAAAAAAGUUUAGCCGGCAAUACCCAGAGACGCUGAUAUUUUUGGCCAGAAAAUUUUUCCUUUUUUGUUGGCGUUCUUGAACGGUCCGCAUAACUAUGACGGGAUACUUAUACAUCAGGGUUAUACGACCCCUUUCUUCCAUUUUAAGUCAGUUUCGUAAAAUGAGGAAUCAGCUGACCUUCAGAAUCCAAGUUUUAUUGCGAUGACCCAUCAAAAAGUCAAAAAAAUCGAUUUUUGCUUGCCAUCUUGCUCAUUGAGUUGUACUAUUGUCAAAAAUGCGUUUAGUAUAUUCAUCAUAGAGUAGUAAACACCGUAUGAGGGUAACCAGUGUCAAAAGGUUCACCACGUUUGGUAGAGCAUUGUUUUUCCGAAAGCGCCCAAAUGAAGGUCGAUUUUCCCUGGCCGAGUGUCUAACUUCUGGUCACUGGUUCUUCAUUUUCCGAAAAGCUUGGGUUAAAUCCUUUUAAAGCCUAAGGGGACAAGUCUCCUAGAUCUGCUUAGACCGCUUGGUAUGUCUUUACGGCCGCUCUAAAAAGUUUAGGAGCAAGAACUUUUAAAAUUUUGCUGCGGGAAUUGGCGCGCUGACCUGGUGACUUUCCUGCAACCGUAUGUUGGAAACUUUUGCAGAUAGAACAAAACAUCUACAGUAAAUAUGUUCCCUUAACACAGUACUUUCAUGCCAUAUAUACCUUUUUUCACAAACUGUUUCAUGGCAGGAAAAAUCGAAGAAAAAUAAAUGUCCAUUUUUUUUGGCCCACCCUGUAGUUAUACAGGGUGUUUCAAGAAAUUUGGAACAAAUGAUUUGCUUAUAUCUUUGUGUUCUUUGCAGCUAUCAACGAAUUUCUUUUUGCUUCUAAAAAUUGACAGCGUGCGUUUUUAGAAUCUCUAAAAAAAUUUUUUUCGUCGGCGGAGGGCCCAUUUCUCGGCGGAGAAAAUUAGGGCCUUUUUAAAAAUCACAGCGUAUUACGUGGCGGAAACGCCGUUGCAACGGCUGAAAUCAAGUUUACGUAAUACCUCCAUCGAUUUUACGGUAUGCUUUUUUGCGUUUUCGAUUUUACGCACUUUCGCGGAUGCGCGGCGGAGACCUCAGAUUUCGGUGGACGUUGUUUUGGGCCUUUGGCUUUUGCAAUUCAUGUUGGAAAAGAGGUUGGGGUGAUUUUUUGUUGUCAUCCGAUGCACAGAUGGUAAAAAUUUCGUGCUUUUUAUCCCCGGCGGAGGAGUCGGCGGAGGCUUUAUCAAAGGGUAAAAACAAAACUCCGCCGAUUUGUCCGCCGGAACAAAAAAAUCAAAAAUCUUUGAAAGACAAUGCUGCUCUGAUGGAUUCUUGUAGCUGAGAUUUUUCCCGGACUCGUAAAACUGCUUUGACCCUUUGAUAAAGCCUCCGCCGAAUCCUCCGCCGGGGAAAAAAGCACGAAAUUUUUGCCAUCUGUGCAUCGGAUGACAACAAAGAAUCACCCCAACCUCUUUUCCAACAUGAAUUGCAACAGCCGAAGGCCCAAAACAACGUCCGCCGAAAUCUGAAGUCUCAGCCGCGCCUCCGCGGUGCGCGUAAAAUCGAAAACAAAAAAUGCAUACCGUAAAAUCGACGGAGGUGUAACGUAAACUUGAUUUCAGCCGUUGCGACGGCGUUUCCGCCACGUAAUACGCUGUGAUUUUUAAAAAAGGCCCUAAUUUUCUCCGCCGAGAAAUGAGCCCUCCGCCGACGAAAAAAAUUUUUUUUAGAGAUUCUAAAAACGCACGCUGUCAAUUUUUAGAAGCAAAAAGAAAUUCGUUGAUAGCUGCAAAGAACACAAAGAUAUAAGCAAAUCAUUUGUUCCAAAUUUCUUGAAACACCCUGUAUUUUCAGAGACGUCAUCAAGUACGAUGGUCCUCCAAUUAGGGAAAUCCGAUUGCAAAUGACCACUCGGGACGGCAAGACAUUUGUUGGAGGUCAAGUGACCCAAGAAACCUACGAGACAGAUCCUCAGUAAGCUUAAAGCCUCUGGUUGCAGCUCCAAAUUUUAUCAGGUAUUUUUAUCAACAGCCCGUUCUUGGAGACGAAAAGGAAUUGAAAGUCGUUUAUUCUCUAAACUAUAUCUGCCCAUAUCUGUUCGGAGACGCGGUGUACGUGAUCAACGACAAUCGUCAACUGAAAUGUGUAGCAUUUAAGGCGUCGAAUGGAACAUUUAGAAUAGCCGCAGAAAGAAAGCAGCCCAAUAUCGAUUGCUCCGAACGAUUCGGGGUCAAUGAUGAGGAGGGAAUAUUUAUUUUUAAGAAGAACGGAAGAUGCAUGAAAGUGAAGAUUUUGGACUUUUGGACUCCCUGGGACCCACGGGAUUGCGAGAUGUUCGAUCGAAUCAUUUCGCAGCCGUUGAAGUUGGGCCAAUACUAUCACCUUGUAAGUUUGGGGGUGGAUUCGGCGAUUUCUACCAUAGAGGGUAACGUUUUAAUAAAAAAAUCAAUUUUUUCGCACGAAACUGGUAAAGUUUUGGCCAAGAAUUGUGUUUCUUUCUCAUCGCUCUCCACGUUUAGCGAGACUCUCUCCGCUCAAAGAUCGUUGCAUAUCUCGGCGGGUCCACACUUGCGGGCAACCACUUUGCGGGCAGCUUGAAAAACCACGGAGAUUCUGCGGGCAUGAUACUAGUCGUUCCAGAAAGUGCGUGCACUUUUUGUCGUGGGCCGCACUGUGCACAAAAUUCCCCUUUUGCGGGGUGCAUUUGACCUUUUGCACCGUGCAAAUCCAAUAUCGCUGCGACACAAGCUUUUCUCAACGGAGUGGGCGCAAAUUUUGGGCGCACGAAAUGAAAUUGCACGGUGCAAAAUGUUUCGAAAAGGAUCGCGUCGCGCGGGGAACCCGAAAACUUGCACUGUGCGGUGCAAAAAAGGCGGAGAAAAGUGCACGCACUUUCUGGAACGACUAGUAUUGAAAUCAGCCAACAUUUGCUUAAAGCAGUUAAUUCAAACGAUGAACUUGGCAGCUAGAUGUCGCGGAUUAAGUUUCCGGACGUAUAAGUGGCUUGAAUAUACCCCGGGACUAAAGUUUGGAACAGGCCAGAUUUUCUUUGCGGCUUGAGAUCGGAGUUUGAUUUCUUUUCUAUUAGAAUCGGAAUGUAUUAAAACCUGGAAUAGAUGCAUAGCCGUAGAAAUCAGAAAGCUCAUAUGAGCAAAACACAAAAUUCGUAAAAAUAGGUGGGACAAAAGUUUGGAACAGGGUUACGAAUGCGACCAUAAAUUUCCGGGUAUAGUCAAAAACUCCUAGGCUUUGGUCUUUUUAGAUGCUGCGAGGAGUCAGGAUCUUAAUGCCAUACUGAUAGAUAGUUACCAAAAGCUUAUCCAAGCAUUUUUUACCACUUUUUGAAAACAAAUUCCCAUAACUUUGAAAGCAGUGGAUGAAUUUAGUAGAUUUGUGGCCUUAUCAGUGCCAGGCAGUUGCCCGCAAAGUGGUUGCCCGCAAGUGUCGCGACGCCGCAUAUCUCUGCUGGGCCUGCAAAGCGCGAGCUAAAACUUUCAGGAAUUAAUAUCUAGUCUAUGCCUGCGUGUGUGCAAAAUUCGAGAAAAAUCUGAUCGUCGCACUUGGGGUACUUCCCCAGCAAUUUUGAUGGGAAUGGGAGUCUUGCCCACUUUUUGUCUUGAAAUUUCUUAUGUAAUCGCGAAUUUAUAUCACCCUUUUUCCAGCGAUAUCUCACCAUUACGAACGACUGUCAAAUGCCCAGAGAGAUCUUCGAACCCAUCAUCGACAGCACGUACAUCCGCUUCUCAUAUGUCGAGCCGCCCACGACGUGAGUUUUUCACUCAAACUUUUAGCUUGUUUUCCAGCACUCCGACGCCUACACCUCCUCCUAUGAGUGACCUCGAAAUUGCUACGUUUGGGCUUGGAAGUGUCGCGGCCUCAAUUUUGGGCGGGUUGGCAAUUGUCGGGAUUGUGGUUUGUGUGGUGGGUUUUGUGGGGUUUGAAUUAUGUGUGAAAAAUCAAUUUUUGAUUUUUUUUUUUUAAUUCUGCAUUGUGCGAAAAAAAUAAUUGUUGUGCAGUGACUUUUCGAUUUUUUUACCUUCUUCUGGGUUUUUCGCACUGUGCGGAAAUAAUUUUUUCUUAAUUUUUUUGCAUUGUCUUUUGCACUGUGCGGUGAUAUUUUUAAUUUUUUUGAAUUUUAAAAAUUUUUGAAUUCUGCACUGUGCGGAAAAAAUAAUUUUUGCACUGAGGAUUUUUUGGAAGUUUUUGCAUUGUGCGGUUAUUUUUUUCACGAAGGACGGAAAGGUCCGCUAAAAAAAGGAAAGAGGACGGCGGGGAGGGGGGGGAGGUUUUCGAUACAAUUUUGCUUAAGCAGUAGUGUUAAUUAGUAAUUUAAAAAAAUUUUUUUUGAGUAAUGAAUUUAGGGGUUUUCGGUGGUGCUGAUUUUGAAAAUUGAAUCCAUUUCGUCUGAAUUUUUGCCUAUCUUCCUCAAUUCUUUAAAAUAAAUGUUUUGAUUAGUACAAACUUGGUCAAACUUGUAUGAUAUUGUACGAAAACUUAUGACGCUUUUUUCGUCUUUACAGCGAAAAUGACACUACUGCUUAAGCAAAAUUGUAAAAUUCAGGAAAAAUUUAUAUGAUUUUCGAAAUCAGCGCCAUCGAAAACAUCCCCUCCUCCCCGCCCUCCUCUUUCCUUUUUUUAGCGGACCUUUCUGCAGCGGACCUUUCCGUAUUCAGUCAUUUUUUUUGAUUUUUUGAAUUGUUUAAAAAUUUUUAGAUUUUUUUGCGUGUUUUUUGAUUUAAAACGGAUUUUUUUACAAAGUGAAGCAUGGCCCGGACAUUGUUGCGGUGACCAUCACCGAAUUUCUUCAAAUUUGGCUCAUAGAAGACCCACAGGGCGUACAUCGAAAGUGUCAAACGUUUUUGCGGAAUUUGCUGUAUUUGAGGAUUACUGUAACAUUUUGUGUUUUGUAAAGUUUCUAUUGUGAUGGGCUGAGGGAUGGAGCGUUGCGGAUGAAACUUACCAACUGUAUGUUUUCGACCAUGGCCAACAUUUUCCUAAUUGAAAUGUUUUUUGUAUCUCUUCAUCUUUUGGUAGUACCGUAACCCUCAACAUACCAUAUCGAUUACUGCCAAAAUUUGGGAAAAGUGUAACCAGUUUUUAAGCUUGAUUAUAAAGGUUGGACACACUCUCCGUAACAUAAGACCAAAAAAGCCAAAAUAAAAAUAUAAGUUUUUGAGAUAUACGCGUUCAAAGUUGCUAUGUUCGGUUACUGUAAGACCAAAAUGGAGAUGAUGAAUUUUCAAACGGUACCAUUGAUUGCCACGCCUCACCCAUUAAUAGACUAGCCUGAGAAAAAUAUUUUCAGAUCAAAAAAUAAAUAUUUGAGGCUUUAUUUCAGGCUUUAUACGAUGGUUACUGUAGUUUCUAACUUUUGUCAAUUUCGCUAACCAUUUUUUUCAAAUGACGCAUUUAGACCAGCUAUCCCAUUGAGAAAUGUGUGUACAACGUAAAAAUCAAAAAAUCAAGGUUACAGUACUAUCAAUUCUUGAAAUAAAGGGAGAUUACGGUAGCCGUAUCCGCUUUUUUCGUUGUUUGGCCGCGGCAUUCUUUGGAGCUGCCAGUGUAACCAGAUUUGAGACUGGAAAUUUGUUCAGAAUGGAUAGAGGAGUAUUUUAGCAAAAAAUAGCGAAAAUAAAAAUAUAAGUUUUUGAGAAAAUCCCGGAUUACGGUAAUUUCGGACAGGAAAUCCCCUAAAAUCACCGUAAUUUCGAAAUUUCUCAAAACUUAUAUUUUUAUUUUCAGGAUUUUUUGCAUAGGUACUUCCCAAGGCAGCGGGAAUUUAUUUCCGGUCGCAAAUUUGGUUACACUAGCAGCUCCACAGAAUGCCGCGGCCAAACGGCCCAAAAACCCCCUAAAAUGACCGUAAUCCCGGAUUUUCUCAAAAACUUAUAUUUUUAUUUUCGCUAUUUUUUGCUAAAAUACUCCACUGUAUAUUCUGAACAUAUUUCCUGUCUCAAAUUUGGUUACACUAGCAGCUCCAAAGAAUGCCGCGGCCAAACGGCCCAAAAACCCCCUAAAAUGACCGUAAUCCCGGAUUUUCUCAAAAACUUAUAUUUUUAUUUUCGCUAUUUUUUGCUAAAAUACUCCACUGUAUAUCCUGAACAUAUUUCCUGUCUCAAAUUUGGUUACACUAGCAUCUCCACAGAAUGCCGCGGCCAAACGGCCCAAAAACCCCCUAAAAUGACCGUAAUCCCGGAUUUUCUCAAAAACUUAUAUUUUUAUUUUCGCUAUUUUUUGCUAAAAUACUCCUCUAUCCAUUCUGAACAAAUUUCCAGUCUCAAAUCUGGUUACACUGGCAGCUCCAAAGAAUGCCGCGGCCAAACAACGAAAAAAGCGGAUACGGCUACCGUAAUCUCCCUUUAUUUCAAGAAUUGAUAGUACUGUAACCUUGAUUUUUUGAUUUUUACGUUGUACACACAUUUCUCAAUGGGAUAGCUGGUCUAAAUGCGUCAUUUGAAAAAAAUGGUUAGCGAAAUUGACAAAAGUUAGAAACUACAGUAACCAUCGUAUAAAGCCUGAAAUAAAGCCUCAAAUAUUUAUUUUUUGAUCUGAAAAUAUUUUUCUCAGGCUAGUCUAUUAAUGGGUGAGGCGUGGCAAUCAAUGGUACCGUUUGAAAAUUCAUCAUCUCCAUUUUGGUCUUACAGUAACCGAACAUAGCAACUUUGAACGCGUAUAUCUCAAAAACUUAUAUUUUUAUUUUGGAUUUUUUGGUCUUAUUUUACGGAGAGUGUGUCCAACCUUUAUAAUCAAGCUUAAAAACUGGUUACACUUUUCCCAAAUUUUGGCAGUAAUCGAUAUGGUAUGUUGAGGGUUACGGUACUACCAAAAGAUGAAGAGAUACAAAAAACAUUUCAAUUAGGAAAAUGUUGGUCAUGGUCGAAAACAGUCGCACAAAAAGUUUUGGACUCAUAGAACCAUCACCCGGCCCACAACCAACGCCACUUUAUAAAAUACAAAAUGUUACAUUAAUCCCGGAAUGGAUGAAAUUUCGCGAAACCCUUCUUCGCUUUUCAUCAGCAUGCCCAGGCCCUUCUACUGGCCUAGUUUCAAGAAAUUUGGUGAUGGUCGUUGCAACAAUGUCCGGGCCCCUUGGAGGGAAGCUUCAGUUUGUAAAAAACUCUCUUUUAAGAAAUUUUAAAAUAUUUUUUAACUAUUUUUUUUUAAAUUUUCCAGAAAUGCAGAGAAAGGUGUAUCUGUUGCUGCAAGAAGAAGGUUGUUGUCCAAGCCAAGGCAACACCAGUAGCCAAAGCUCCAGUACCAGCACCAGGCCGAGCCAAAGCACCAGUCCCAGCCAAAGCGCCAGCGCCAGUCCCACCACCAGGCCCAGUCAAAGCACCAGUCCCAGCCAAAGCUAGCAGCGGGAAAAUUGAGGAGAAGCCGAAGGUCAACGCUGAAAAAGUUGGAGAUAAAAAGGCGGUGGAAAAAAUGGAUUUGACUGCGAGUCGAGCCAAGAAGAAGACGAACAUCCCGAAAAACAAGGCUACAGUCUAUGAACAGGAUUCGGAUGGGUGAGUUGGCGAACUGAAAAAGAGAGCUAUUGAACUCAGAAGGCUAAAAAACCUAAAUAUUACAAAUCGUAGCCAUUGCCUAGACUAAAUUGGCCUUGUCUUCAAAAAAUGCUUUCAAAUACGGAGUUGAAUACAAUUUUUUAUACUUCUUUUGGACAUAAUCAAUUUAUAUCAACCAAUUUUUUAAAGUCUUGCGCAGUUUUACGAAUUUUCCUUCCACGGGGAUCGAACCCGCGCCCGCUGGAUUACUAAAUUUGACCAAAAUCCACUACACCACGAAAAAGUGAUGAUGACUUUUUACACUUUUUUUGGAAGUUUCUAGAGCAGAAUUUUACGCUGGUUAACAUAUAUAAAAAUCAGCUGCGGCAUUUGAGAAAAAAAAAUUUUAUGACCGAUUUUGUUCGGCCGAAACCGCAUUGCGGUGUGUUACAGUAACCCGACUUCCGAAAUUCUGAAUUCAUAAUGACUGGCGUGCUAGAAAACGUCAGUAUUUGCUAUUUCAGCCAGUUCUGAAAAGUAGUUAUGUUGUAAUAGUCGAUUACUGUAAAAACAUUAAAUUGUAAAUUACAGUAGGUUAAUGAGAGAAUUAGCAAAAAACAUUUUAGUCAUGUGUUUAAUGGGUGCCUGCAGUCAUUUUAAAACUACUCAAAAUCCGUUUUUCCUAGUGUUAAUUUCAGAAAUAUUGAUGAGAAUCUUCAAAGUGAGAACCCGUUAGACUUUGUACCAGUGAUGCAUUUGAAGGGGAAAAAGGUGUUCUACGACGAGGAUUUCGAUCUUCAAGUUCCUGGGGUCAUUCGUGUAUCCAACGCCUACGUCUUCGUCGAGAAACUCGGCCAAGGCGGGUUUGGUGCGGUUUAUAAGUAUAAAACUCGCGAUUGGGGCAACCGUGAAGUGGCCGUGAAGUUCUUAAAAACAACGGAUCCAAUCAAAUUGAGGAACGCUCGAAAGGAAUUCAUGCUGAUUCGUCAGAUUCAACAGUUCAUCGAUGGGUAGGCCUGAUUUUUUCCAAUUUUUUCGUAUAAAAUGUCACCUAAAAAUAAAAUUUUGCACAGUGCAAUUUUUCGUAUAAAAUGUCACCCAAAAAUAAAAAUUUUGCAUAGUGUAAUUUUUCGUAUAAAAUGUCACCUAAAAAUAAAAUUUUACACAGUGCAAUUUUUCGUAUAAAAUGUCCCCCAAAAUGCACAGUGCAAUUUUUCGUAUAAAAUGUCACCCAAAAUGCACAGUGCAAUUUUUCGUAUAAAAUGUCACCCAAAAUGCACAGUGCAAUUUUUCGUAUAAAAUAUCACCGAAAGUUUUGUUAUUUUUCCAAUUCUGUCUGUCUUCAGAGACCUUUACGUAACCGAGGUGAUAGAUUAUGGCAAAUACGAAACCUCGAUUUUCAUGGUCAUGCCGUUUUACUACUGCUGCAUGGAGAAUGUCCGGAUGAAUCUCACCGAUUAUACCAUGGCCCAGCGGAUCAACAUUGGGUUCCAGUAUCUGCAGGGUAUCGUGCAGCUCCAGAAUAUCAAAUACGCCCACUUGGACAUCAAGCCGGAGAACUACAUGCAAAAAGAGCCGAAGAAAAAUAAGGUAAAAAAGGUUUUUUUUUAUUUUUUCACAGUCUGCGCACUACACUCGAUUCUGAAUUUUUUAUGAAAUUUUUGAUCGCUUUUUUUUGCGGGGAGCGACGAAUGGGGAAAAAGUCAAUUGUGGAAAGUCUACAGUACUACAUAAGCAAAAUAGUAGUGAUUAAAAAAUGAAUGUCAUUUUCGAAAUCAGCGCCAUCGAUUAUUCUAAUUUCGAAACUUACGUCGAAAAAAUAACACUUCAGUUUCCCCAGUUGACUUUUUCCAACUUGACGACGUUCCACCUUACUGCACUGCGCACGGUCAAGCUGAGCAGUCCGGGGACCGGAAUAGACCCUUCGCUAUCGGUUUUUUACACUUCGUCCUGAUUUCGCAGAGAAAGAGAGAAAAAACACACGCAAAAACGUACUCUCUCGCCCCAAAAGUUCCCCAUUUCUUCUCCGACAAAACGUUUUUUCGCGUCUUUUUUUGGCAAAUUGCCGAUCCAUCCAUUGGAAUGUUUUAGUUUUUCUCAAUUUGACGUGCUGCGCACAAAUUCCUCCUCAUUUCACUGCACUGUGCACUAGCUUGUUUCAGGUGGUCCUCUGUGAUUUUGGACUAGUGAAGAGAUUCGACGCCAAGAGGAGUUUUUGCAAUGGGACAAUGGACUACAUGUCGUUGCCGUGCCAUUUUACGCAGAAGGUCAGCAUCGUGGACGACAUGCAGUCGUGGUUCAUCAUGUUCGUCGAGCUGAUCCAUUUCACGUUGCCGUGGGAUGAGAAUGAGGACCUGAGGCGGGAGGACCCUGACGUAAUGGCAGCCUCCAUGAGAAUGGCGGAGGUCAAAAUCGCAAGUUUUGCCAAUUGGCAAGAGGACACGCCCGAAGACAAGCUGAUUAAAACCUUGCUGGGAUUGAUAUGGGAGAAGAAGUACGGUGACUCGGUAGACAUGACGGCAGUCAUGGUAUGUCUGAACAAGGUAGGUCUUUGUAUGAUAAGAAUGUUUUGCAACACGUGCCAUGUUUUAACGAACCCUUUCAGACACAACAGACCUUCCAGUUUCGCUUUGACGAUCCCUGGUGGAGUAAGGUUGGCGAAUAA